UUGAAGCUGAUGAAGCUAUGUACUGGUUCAUACAGGAAUAGAGGCGCAAUGUUUCUUCUGUUAUUUAACGCCGCUAUUUAUUUAAAAUCAAGAUGUUGUAAUCACUCUUGUAUGCUCAGGUACAAUAACUUAGAAAACUGAUGUAAAAUGGUCAAAAGGCAAGAAAAAUCACGAUAAAACUGAUAUGCAUUUGGAUAAGUGGCUAGCUACGGUAAGAUUAUUGGAUCUAGUGGGAUAAUCGCGCAGUUUGAGAUCGAAUGCGUAUUUUUUUAGAAGUAUUAUUAAAACGUUGCACUAAUACAUUUGUAACCGAUAUCACAAACGUAUCUGAAAGGAUCGUAGCUGGGUCUUAAAAUGGUGAAGGAUGAAUGUAAAAUGCUUUUGGAUGCCCUAAACAAAGUGUCAGCUUGCUAUCGGCAUUUGGUUAUCUGUGCUGGUGGGACAUCGGACUCUCAAAAUUUACGGGAAGAACUAAAGAAAACCAGACGAAAAGCACAGGUGUUAGCAGUUGCUAACAAAAACAAGUUAAUAACUAUUUUAAAGGACAAAACUAUCAGCAAAGAUGAUCGGGCUGAAUUCGAACGGCUGUGGGUACUGUUUUCGACGUGUAUGGAAGUCUUGGAAAUCGACAUGAGAAGGGCUUUGGAACUGGGUCAAGAAUUUCCACUGAAUGUUCCCACAAAACAUCUGAUUCAGACGGGGAUGAUUGGCGGGACAUCUGCUGUAGCCGCCCGUGCUAUGAAUGUUCAGAACAUGAACUACGAAGAGGGGAACAAUAUAGACAUUGUCGAUCUAACCGAUUUGGAACAAGAGAUCAAUGAAGUUGGGGAAAUGAUAUACGAAAUGGAGAUGAAAGUGAACGUCCUUCAAUGGACAGUGGAAGCAAAGCAAGGCCCCGGUUCUGAGCUAAAGUCAACCGCCAGUGCUGGUGUUUCAUCGCUCGCUGUCAUGUCUGUGAGCGGUGGUGGCAAUGAUAAGCUGUGCGACACCAGUAAGGUCUUUGCUGGAGCGAUGUUCAGCGCUGUACUAAUAAUUGCCAUUGCUCUAGCUGUGUGUAUUGUAAAAUUUGCUUAACACUACCGUGUUCAUUUCCACUUUAUGUAGAGGAAUUAAUUUGGGCCCUUUUGUCCAUGUGAGGUACGAUUUGCCUCUGAGUGAGAUAGUAUUACAAAAAGUGUGUGUACCUCGCCGCUGUUUAUGCCACAGUAGAAUGGUACAGCGUAAAUAUCCAAGUAUUUCAACUUAAACGUAUUAUAGCAAUACUUAAUGUUAUUAAUGUUCAAUAGCAAACUGCAUAUUUUCACUGUACCUGUCCUUAGAGUCAAGUGUUGUUAUAAUAAAUCUUAAUUUUGAUAAAGUAGCCAGCUACGAAAUGUUAAAUGUGCAUUUCCUUCAACUAAAUGUUUGCGAAAUGUCUUUGGUCGUGGUCAGUCGGGAUAGUUUGUUUUAUGUAUAUAGGGAAGCGCUGAGAAUUUUAAAAACAAGUUUCACUUGUUACAGCCAUUAGAUUAGAAACUGCCUCACCUUGUAGUCAGAGGCAUAACGAAUAAUUGACUAGUAGAAGUAACGUAACUUUCCUGAAGGAUAUAUUCAGUUUUCAGCAAGCUGAGUCCUUUGUUUGUACAUUUAAAACAAAAAAAAACCGAAUUGUUUUAUAUGGGAUUUCAUUUGAUAAACAGCAAAAGUAGAGACCAGCACUGUCUGCCAAUUCAUCACGGAAAUCGGGGAGAAAAAUCCACGGAAUGGAAAACUAACUGCUAGGGAAUGGUUGGGAUAAAAUUGAUGUAUUUUGAGAGGUCAAGUAAACACAAAGCAUAAGGAACCUGUCAAAGAAGUGAAAAUGGGAAGAGGCUCAAUGGCACGUAACCGUUGCUCGGGGUCUGGUUGCGCCUAAAGCCUUCUAUUUAAAUCCCCGUGAAUGGGAAAUAUUGAAAUAUAGUGGUUCAGGGAUAAAUACGAAUUCAAGAGCAAUGCAAUGCUUCUGGGUUUGAACUUUCUCUUAAAAUAUGCUUUUUGGCGAACAGCUGAGCAAAUAACUGAGGAAAAAUACAACCAGAGUUAAUUUGCAAGACUAAAGUUAUCUGUAAACUAUUCAAUAUUACUUCCCAUCUGUUUUGUUUCGUUUAUUUUAAAUAAAGUAAAAAUUCUAGUCCCUA